AUCUACUUUUCACGAGCGCAAUCCUCAAUGCAAAAGAUUGAGAUGUUACAGCAUAUCCAAGAUGGAGCCAUUCCCCAAGCGACAACGAUUAUAUUCUCCAGUUGGUCCUGCCUUUCCGCAGAGCUUCGACAGCGAAGAGGUCUAUUACGAUGAGGAUGAUUUCGUGGUGGAAGAGGAAGAGGAGGACGAACAAGUCGAAGAUGCGCUGCCGGACCUUGAUCCAGAGUCAGACUUCCAACAGAAACGCGCGCGACUAGACUACAAGCUCAAAUCAACUUUCGAAUCCAUAUUCGAGAAGUAUGGGAAGGAUUUCGAUGGUGUUGGAGACGAGAUUGAUCUUGCGACGGGCGAGAUUGUAGUCAACAAUGGACAUAUUCUCGAAAUGCUGGAUGAAAGAGAUGCUGGCGAUGUCAAUCUAGCGCAUAGUGUACCGACAGAAUUGACCGAAGAGUCGGAGGAACUUCCCAGCAGUGUCUUACAAGAAAUGUCUGAUAUGGACGAAGAAGACGACGAGGACGACAGCGACGAAGGCAGCGAAGACGAGAUGAUGGAGGACGACUUGAUUCUACGUGGUUUUGCUCAAGCUGUUCGGUUCAAGCGACCUUCACCUGAACUGGUAUCUCUGAGGGAACAGGUGGUUCGACCACAGAAACCUCGAAAUGUUCAUGCCCCGCCUCCCUUCAUGCCGAAUACUCAAAAGAAAGCGCUUCCUUCGCGGUCGGAAAUAUUAGCUCAAUUCGGCCCACAACUUGGUCCACAAAUUGUCGACUAUGUUUCAAAACAAUCCAUUCCAGAUAAAACUCCCAUCGAACCAGCUUGGAGAGCUCCCAAACUCCCAGCUUUCGAGUCACGGAAGCGAGAAGUCAAGAAACCUAUCAUUUUACCUCCUGAGGCUGAGCGCUCUCCUUCUCCAGAGGAGGCCACUUCAAUAUGGGCACUUCCACAGCAGCGUGGCCGGAGGAAGGGAACCCAUGUGUCUACAUCUGCCAAAUUUGGGGAGAGUUCGCAUAUCUCAAAACAGCAAGAAAGAUAUGCUCCCGAUCACAUCGGUAUAGGAACUCAUGACCAAGCUUCAGGGUCAAGAAGAACGAGAAAUGGAUUUACAGAGGAAGAAGACCAGAUUAUCCUCGACUGGGUAAACCGUGUUCGGCGGAAAGGAGAAAUCUUGAACGAUCACUCGUGGAAAGAGCUAGAGGCAAUUCACCCAAGCCACAAAUGGCAAACAUGGAAACAACACUACAAACGCCACUUCACCUAUCUUUUGUCGAAUUCCACGGAAGAGUCGGAAGUUUCUGUUUCUGAACCAUCUGUAAAUUCACUAUAUGUAGGACCUCAAGUCGCACCAGCUCGUACAAACUUCGGUUCACACAAUCCUGCUCAACAUUCAACGCGGCCGAAUAGAAUUCGGAGACCAGCACAGAAAGACUCUAGAAUCAUCAGUUGGUCCGAGGCUGUUGAUGCCUUAGAAUCACUAGAUCCAGACCUCCACGCCGAUAUGCUGAAAGACGCAGGAAUUUCCAAGUACAGCAACCUGAAUUUCAGUCGUUCAUCAGUCACAACCACGAAGCAGGAUGUCAAACCAGCAAACACCAAAGCGGUUCCUCGGCAAACAACCGCACCCAGUCCAAAGGUCACACCUAGAAAGAUAAUUGAUUUGACUGGUGACUUUUCGGACGAUGAGGUUGCUCCUACGCCAGAACAGCACUUGAUUCCUGGCGCGCCCUGUCCCCAUGCAGAAUGUAGAGCUUAUUCUAACAUUUUAUACCGGCUGCAACGUCGUGAUGACGAACAAUUGUCCGAGAUGUGCCUUCAUCUUUUUAGAGUACAUCAUACAACUCCGUUUCCCUGUGGUGAGACGAGUUGUCCACGCAAGGGUGAAGAAGGAUACUUCAUGCAAGCAGACCUGGUCAAACAUGUUAGAAAAUUCCAUCCACAUGCUGGCGCUUUGCAACGAUUACGAGGGCGUGUUGACUCAGAACUACUCGACCUCAACGUCAAGCUCACCACACCACCAAAUGACCUCUCAUACCGCCCAGUCAGUCAGCCAAGAGACUCUGACUUCAUGUCACCAACCAAGUUUCCCAGUGUACGGGGACCAAGCAGCAGCCACCAACGAUCAUCUUUCUCGGACACUGAUCGUACUCCGCGUGCACCCACUACAACAUUUGGUGCUUCACAUUCUACACGAAUGACCAGUGUCUCCUCAAUGAGAGUUCACCAUCCAUCAGCGAUGAAGACCUCGGUUGAAGAGGAAGCUGAAGGCAAUAACGAGCAGUACUUGGACUACUCGGAUGGUCUUUCCAUGCAGGCGUACCGGAGUACAAUCAACAGCUCUGGUGGGUUGGGCUCUCAGCUUGUUUAUGAAUCACCCGAUCUGGGAGCGUCUUCAUCUCGCCAUAGCAAGGGAACCAACAUAGAUGCUGGUAAUUCAUUACUAAGUCCUGACACCGCUACCGCAGCUUCUCUGGACCCGCCUCUCUCUUUCUUUGACGACAGACGGAGUAGCAUUGUAUCUAUGCAGCCAGAGCAUUUCGCAGAGCCUUCGGAGGUCAAGCAACCCACGACGGUGAUCAAAGAAACUCCCGAUCCCAGUUCUCCUUUGGCACAAUUACCCUCGCAAGCUCAAGUGAUGAUGCCAUCGAGUCCGCUCGAAUUCGCACCCAAUCCUAUGAUGCCGCCAUCACAGCCGACUACGACCAUGCAACGAAACAUACUGGAUCCAGCCUACGAAUUCUCUGACGAAGAAGGCCACGUUGAAUUUGCUCCGACGGGUCCGUCGGUAAAGUCAUCAAUCCAGAUGGGUUCGACUCAUGCUCCAAUGGCUGUCCCCUCUAUGGGCCCUCUUUCAACUACCUUAGACAAUGCCAAAGCUACAAAGAGCCCUACGACGACAUUCGCGAAGAAGUUGAAUCGAGUCGUCAAGCCCAGCUCCCACGUAUCGUUUACCACCCCAUCAGCCCAGAAAGCCAUUCGACAAUCUAUUCUUCGGAUGGCACUUGACGCUGAGGAUUUCGACGAGUUGAGUCUCGACAAAGAUGACGUUGUCCUCUUGUCCUCGCAACCUAGGAAGACAGCUUUGCCAGAAACUCAGUUUUUCGUGAAGCAGGAAAGCGUGAUGAAUACCCCACGCCGUGUUUCCGGUCCUGGAACGAAGAAGCGUAGAUUCAGCGCGUUGCGAGACGGCUCCUCCCCGGACGAGUUGGCCGUGGAAGGGUCUUCUCCAUCUACAAUAGCACCAAUCGCAAGGAAAACCACUAUCAAGGUGGAAGAUGAAUCAUCGUUACCUGAGCUACCUGCUCUGCCAAAUAACAGGACCGAGCAGCAGAUCAGGAGAAGCUCUCAAGCCGGCGUGCCAUUAUCGCAGAUAACUCCAUCCGUAUCUCGUCGACAGAUUCCGAUUCGCACAAGCAUUCCGUUAUUAAAUCUCACACCAAGUCGUCGAGCGCCUGAUUCGAAAGAGAUCCGCGACUCGGCAACAGAAGAGUCAUCACCGCCUUCGUCUACCCUGAAUCCUCCUCGACGAGAACGAGCUAGACGUCAAAAGGUUGCAGACAGUUCAAGCUCACCUCUCGCUGACCUCUUGACCCCGACACGGAAGAGGUCUAUAGCAGAAUCAUUAAAGGUAGAACAGGUGACAAUCGUUGUGAAGACUCCUGGUGGGACGUUCAGAAGUUGUGGAGACGAUGGGUUUACUUGUGGGAGAUCGUUUUGCUUCAGAUGCGGUUCGCAAGAUGUGCCAUCGAAUGCUUGAAAGCUGGAAUUGGGAGGAACACUGCAUUACGAUUAAAGAG